AUGCACACAACCCCCACACACGCACCCUGUCUUCUGUUCUCCAGAGACCCGCGCGUGAGUCCUCCCGACGGCCCCGCGGCACUUGCAUCCGAAGAUAAGCCGAGCCAGGCAGCUGCGCAAACCAAAGCCUGCUUUGUAUCGACGGCCGACGAGACACGCAUCUGCGAGGACAGCGAAAAGAUGAGCGUGGGAAAUCUCCGGGCGUCGGCGAAACUCCAUGGCAUGACCGACGCCGCGCCGAGGUGCUGUGGCGACUCCGGCGACUUCUCCCCCGAUGGUGGCGACAGCGAACAGUUCUCUUCGCCUCGCCCUCCUUUCUCGCCCCUCUCACGGCUGCCUGUCUCCGCUCCUGUCGGGACCAGUCACGACCCUGCGACCGCAGCAGAAAGCUCCCCAGGAGGCGGAGCGGCUGAGGAAGAAACGAGGGCGGAAAAAGAAAAGAGAAGCGAAGGAGUCGCCGGCUUUGACCCCACAGGAGGGCGGCAUCUCGCAGGAGAGAGCGAGGGGCCGUCUGUAGGGUCCGGUGAAGGCGAGAGCGGCGCAGCGAGCGAGUCGGAGGUCAAGAGUGGGGAGGCGGGAUUGCGCGCGUUCCCCGCGAGCUCGUCUCGGGAGAGGCACUGGCCACAGAAGGAAAAGCGAGAAGACGCACUUGCAGAUGGGGCUUCAUCUGGGUGCGGCUCUCGCGAAAUGCCCAACACCGCUUCUCAGUCGCAAGGCCUGUCUGGGUUCUUCGCCGCCCUGCUGGGGGGCAAGGAGGCGGACGGGGCUGCCGGGCCGCCGCCGCGACCGUGUGGAGCCCCAGGGUCGCCGUGUUUUUCGCCACCAGGAGAGGGUGAGGUGGAGACAGCCAUCCACGACACAGCCGUCGCCAGGGCGGGGACGAACGCGUCGUCUUCUGCUUUCCCGCCUCCGCGGGGGUGUAUGGGCCAAGAUGGGGAGGCGCGAGACGAAGAGGUCGAGGGAGAGAGCGCCGCGAAGAACGGCGGAAGGGACAGGGGCGAGCAGAGUGCAGCGGAAUCCAGGUCCACGAGGGCGUCUGAGGACAGUUUGGAGGCUAGAGACACCCGAGAGUUGGAAGAGGCGGAGACGGCGCAACUCCUCCGAGAACACGGAGGGAAAAUGGGAGCGGUCGUUCUGGGAGACAGCGACGAGGAACUCUGUCUCUUUCGACUCUGGGGUCCGCAUGUGGCGCAGUGCUGGGUGCAGCUGAAUCUUCCGAAGAAAGGAGACAGUCCCCGUCGCUUCGAAAUGCAGAACGAGGGCAAGGCCUUCUGGGGCACUGUCCUCCGCGGCGUGCCUUUGGGGACGCCUUAUGAGUUCGUCAUCCACUCCAAUUGGAAUGACUGCUUCGCCCAGGAAGGCCACGAACUUCACAGGAGGGAUCCUUACGCUCGCCAAACGGACUUUUUCAGCAACACAUGCUACGUAACAGACGCCUCGCGAUUUCCCUGGACGCACCUCCAAACCUACAACGCCCCUACAUGGAACAAACUCAUCAUCUACGAGCUACACCCAGGAACCUUUAGUCCUGCAGUCGCAGGCCGCACGGUAUUUGAGACCUUGAUGGACAAAUUGGAUUAUAUUCAGUCGCUGAACUUCAACGCCAUCGAGUUCAUGCCUGUCCAAGAAUUCGGCGGGGAGUGGGGCUACAAUCCUCGGCUGCUUCUGUCGAUUCACGGCAAGUACGGAACUCCCGACCAGCUGCGAAGACUCGUCGACAAAUGCCAUGAAAAGGGUGUUGCGGUGAUUUUCGAUCUCGUGCUGAACCACGGAAGCUCAAAGUUGAACUCGCUGUGGAACUGGGACGGAUACGGCAAGGAUUCGUCGGGCGGGAUCUACUUCGAAGGCGGAGGCGACAGCGGCUGGGGCCGCAAGUUCAGUUUCCACAAACGCGAAGUUCGCGACAUGAUCAUCGCGGCUGCCUUCUGUUUCGUCGAAGAAUUUGGAGCCGACGGCUUACGACUCGACUCCGUCCACAAUAUGCCGUGGGACCUCCUCCAGGAGCUGACGCAUGCAGUUCGCAGCAAGCAUCCGUCGAAGAUUUUGAUCGCCGAAGUUACUCCGGAAAAUCCGCAAAUCUGCAACGGCGCGGGUUUCGACUCGUGCUGGAUACACUCGACGUAUUACGACGCAGUCAAGGUCACGCGUGGCCAAGACGGAAAUCACCACGUCGACAUGCUCCGCGCAAUGAUCGACAUCCACCGCCAUGACCAGGCAGGAAACAAACAAGGCGGACACACCGACGGUCGGGCGGGGCGAUACUUUGUGAAUUUGUUCGGAGGCAGGAAUAAUUGGCAUAGUCGCGCGCAGUGCCGCAUGUGGUACAGUUUGCAAGCAGUCAGUCGAGGCCUUCCGAUGAUGUUCAUGGGGACGGAGACGCACCAAGACGGCUGGUGGGAUUGCGCUGAAUCCCACAGGAUGAAUUGGGGCCUUGUCGACGGCCAGGACUCCCACGCACAGGAAAUGAUGAAACUGGUCGCUGCGGCGAACAAACUGCGCCUUUCCUUCCCGAGUUUGACCGACGACGAUUCUCUUGUCCGUUUUCCUCACCUUGACUAUCAAAACCGCGUCUUGGGCUUUGUUCGCGGGUCACUGCUAAUUGUGUUGAACUGCUCGGAGUCGCAGUGGGAGAAUCGCGACUACGAAGUCCUGACUGAGUGCGCGAAUCGAAGCUUCAAGGAAAUCUUCAAUUCGCAAUCCGCUGAGUUCGGGGGAUGGGAAGGAAGUUGGUCUUCUCGGGACCGGAAUCUUGUCUCUUCCGCGCAAGCACGCCUGGCCGUGAAUCUGCCGAAAUGGUCCGUCACUGUCUACGAGCUUCAGGCUUGA